ACCAGGCGGAGCAACAUUCCCUUCAAUAGCGACCAGUGCAAGUGGAAGGAGGACAGAAACGACCAGAUGUGAACCGGACUACGAGAGGAGAACAGAUUAACGGAGGUCCCUCGAUUCUGCUAAUAUGUGGCAACCCGCUUCAGAGCGACUGCAGCACUUUCAGAGUAUGCUGAAGACCAAGCUGAAUGUUCUCACUUUGAGGAAGGAGCCCUUGCCCACAGUGAUAUUCCACGAGCCUGAAGCCAUCGAGCUGUGCUCCACCACACCACUCACCAAGACCAAGAGCCAUGCAGGAUACAAGGUGACCUACUUGGGAAAGGUGACCAUCAGUGGGACUCAAUUCCUGUCCGGCUGCACAGAGUCCGCCGUGAAAGGUCUUGUAGAACGUCGUCUUCUGGCCCAGCACCAGGGCUCGUGCUCCUCCGGCAGCUCUCUGCUAGAGAUCCGACCCUUUCAGGUGCGCCUCCACCACCUGGACGGCCACGGAGAGGCCUCACUAACCAUGGACACCUACCAGGUAGCGCGAAUCGCCUAUUGCACGGCCGACCACAGCAUCAAGCCCAAUAUAUUCGCGUGGAUCUACCGGGAGAUCAACGACGACUUGACCUUCCAAAUGGACUGCCACGCUGUGGAGUGUGAGAGCAAGCUGGAGGCCAAGAAGUUGGCCCACUCCAUGAUGGAGGCUUUCCGCAAAACUUUCCAUAGCAUGCGCAGCGACGGCCGCAUCCACAAGAGCGGCUCGUCGGACGACUUCACCGAGGACUCGUCCACUCCGGAAGAUUUGACUCCAGAUGACGGCUGAAUCCGUGCUGGCCUUCAACCUUCCACUCCUGAUCUCCACGUGUACCAAGAGAGAUGAUUGUCCUCUUGCUCUCUCAUUCUUACCCUGCGCCUCUCUCUCUUCAUAUCAAUCAUGUCGAUCACCAGAAUCACCACCAGAAUCAAACCGUAGAAAUUCAACAAAGGGAAGACGUUUCAGUAUCAAUCACCCCCGAAGACUCUGGGCUCGAGUUCCCAGACUCGUGGUUUGUCGAGCGAGGAGCUGACAGAAUCAGAACUUUGCUGGGUCCUGACUGUUUGAGCACAUACAGUGUGUAAAUGUGUGUCGUCACAAUGAUGUGAACAAAUAGCCUUGAAGCACUACAUCUCCAUGGAACCUUAGUCCCAAUGAUUUUCUUAAACAAACCAACAGGCCAGAAUGUCCUGGUUCUUUAGGUACUUCAGUGUGAAACACAGAAAUCGGUGCAUUAGAGUGGGUCACUUUAUAGUUGUCUCUGGGUUAUACCAAAAUUUGGGCUUGCUGGAGCCUCUCAGAUUAUGUGCCUCAUGUUCCAUUGACGUGGUACUUCGACUCAGAUUUCACUGCUCUGUUGUAAGUCUAUACAUCUGCUUGCUUCUCGGUACCAAGAGGUUGAUGGGGCAAAGCUGGAAACAAAGUUCCCCGCGUCUCCUCAAAGUGACACUUAAUCCCAAACACGGCACUGUGACCAAUGGGUCGUGGAAGUCACAGGAUUUUAGAGCCGAAUCUAAGAUAUGGAUGACCACCUCCUGGCCACUGCUGAAUGUAAACCAAUCCAACAUGCUGUAACUGUUACUGCAGUCCUCUUGUGAGGCGGUGCCUCUGCUUCGCACCACUUUGAGCGUCGUGAGGCAGAAAGACAUCCCAGCUCCCAAAAAUCUCCUCUGUUUUCUGAAGGACAGACUAACAAUGGAAAUGUUCUCCUGUCUCUGACACACUCUGAGAGACGUGCAUUUAAAUCUUCAUAUGUAAACAUUGUAUUUCAAUCAUGCUUGAGUAAGCUCCUGUAAAUACAAACGUAUCAUUUCCAAAUAUCGCCACAUACAUGUUGAUGGUUCUUUUAAAGGAUAAUUCCAAUGGUGGAGCUCAUCAUACAGAAACAGUAUUAUCAAGCCAACUGUGAAUCACAAGUGGAGACCCUGAUAGCUGUGGUCGUUCGUGUGUGUGCGUGUGCGUGUGUGUGUGUGAGGGAUGGUGUGGGCAGAAAGGGAGGAUGAUAAUGAAGCUGUCGUGUCUGUCAGAUGUGCUUUAGGUGAACCGAAGUGUUUUCUAUAAAUUGUUUGCAAAGAUCAAGAUACAAUUACAUAUAAAGUAU